AUGGAUAGCCUCAAUGUCUACGGUGAGGACUCGGACAUCCAGAGUGAUACUGUUGACGGCGUCGAUCGCUACGGAGUUGGAUCAAGUCCAGUCAGUGGAAGUGUUGUACGCGACCACCCUGCGACCACCAUGCCUGCCACUCCCAUCAGGCUCAAUUGCGUUAUUGACGAUGAACGUGACGUUUUUAUCGUUUCUCUUGACCCACAGGAAACAGUCAGUGAUUUGAAGAAACAAAUAAAACGCGAACGAAAGAACCGUAUACCGGAGCGUGUUGAUACUCCUACGUUACAGCUCUGGAAGCCAUCAAAGGCUGACAUUGAUGCCGGUCCAGAGGACACUCUCAUUGAACGUAUCAGAUCACUGGGAUCUGAUAUAUCGGAAUUUGCAGCCAGAUUAGACGGGUAUAAGACUGUCUCCAGUAUCUUCUCGGAUGAGCCCCUCCACAGCCAGAUCCACAUUAUCAUCAGGAUUCCAGAUGCCGAUUCACCCCCACGCCUCACCCACCAGCAGACGAAAACUAUAAUGGCUGAAGCACUUGCAGGCUUUGAGAAGUAUUUUGCACUCUUGGCUUCUGGGGAGUUGGAUGCGCGUCUUGACUCAAUCCGACCUGAAGACAAACUUACAGAGUUAGGGGUGGGUCUACCCCUUAACCCAAUUCUUCUCCUUCACGACCUCGGCAAGCAUCUGGAUCAGAAACGAAUCGAAGAUUUAUUCAAGCCCAAUACCCAUGGAUUCUGUACUAUAACGUUUGUGGUGCUGCGCCAUCUGUUUAACGUCUCUGGCUCAGGUACAGCAUCUGGCUCCAACGACUUCAUGGUAGCGACCGAAAUGCUGCAGUCUAUGAGUAGUUGGCAUGCAGACCCUCCGGACUCAUUCAGUAAGAGGACUGCUGUCUGCCGCAUCUUUGCUAUGUUGCUGUGUGCACGCUUUGUUAUCCUGGCGCAACUUGUGAAACAAUUUUCUGCCAAUACAAAUAUUGCAGAUGCUCGUCGCCGAUGGGUCCUUGCUCAAGUUUUACCUCCCUGUCUGGAGGGACAUACUGAGGACCUCUUCGUCACGGUGCUUCGGGCCUUUCGAAAUGCUGAUACUGAGAUUAUGCUCAGAAUUGCUAAUGAGUUAUGGCAUGACAUCACAACCACAAGGAAAGAUUUGUUUCCUGAGGGAAAGAAGGGCUUUUUUAUCGUCAUUGACGAGGCACAGGUGGCUGCCAACAAACUCAACUGCUUUCCCUCUACAUCGGGGAGCAUGCUGCAUGCGAUUCUUCGUGAAAUGGUUCAGUUAUUCCAAUCAAGUCGCAUCUUCAAUAAAAUCAUUCUUUCGGGAACUGGCCUGUCAAUGGGAAUGGUGGGGGAUGCGACAGGUUGUCUUUCUGCGAAAGCGGUGCCAACACUGGUCCAGCAAGUGUUCUCUAACAUUGGGUGUUUCAAGGGGCAGGAUCCCACUCAAGAGGCUUAUAUUCGUCGGUAUCUCACUCUCUCUGAUAAUGACAUCUCAGAUAGGCGAUUGUUGGAACGCAUGAAGCUCUGGUUUUCUGGCCGCUAUCGCUUGACGGCGAGCCUUAUUGAGAUCUUCCUCCACUCGGAAGAUGUCCCGCGCCACCGUGUCCUCACCUCGUUUGCUGAGCGCUUGACAGGAUUCAAAAUUACCGAUGCAAUCGAAGUGAACAAGAAAUUUCUCCCGAUUUGGAUAUAA